AGGCACACAGUGCCGGAGAAGAUGCCCUUCUGGGCCCUCUUGACGGUUACCUCCUGCCUCCUCCUGGCCCCCCAAAAUCUGGCACAAGUCACCAGCCCAGAUGCCUCCUCGCUGGCCUCGCACUCAAAGCCCCUGAAAUGUUUCUCUCGAACAUUUGAGGACCUCACUUGCUCCUGGGUUGAGGAAGAGGCAACGCCCACUGGAACAUACCAGCUGCUGUAUGCCUACUCAGGGGAGAAGCCCCGUGCCUGCCCCCUGACUUCCCAGAGUGUGCUCCCCUUUGGAACCCGAUACGAGUGCAAGUUUCCAGCCCAGGAUGAAGUUCGCCUCUUCUUUCCACUGCACCUCUGGGUGAAGAAUGUGUUUCUGAACAAGACUCUGACCCAGCAGGUGCUCUUUGUGGACAGUGUAGGAGAGCCAGCUCCCCCCAGUAUCAUCAAGGCCAUGGGCGGGAGCCAGCCAGGGGAACUUCAGAUCAGCUGGAAGGCCCCCGCUCCUGAAAUCAGUGACUUUCUGAGGUACGAACUCCGCUAUGGCCCCAAGGAUCCCAGGAACUCCACUGGUCCCACAGUCAUGCAGCUGCUGCCCACAGAUACCUGCUGCCCAGCUCUGCGGAGGCCAAAUCCAGCCCCAGCUCUGGACCCGCCACCAUGUGCUCAGCCCAUGAUGCCCCCACAGGAUGGACCAGAGCAGACCUCCCCAACUAGAGAAGCUCCAUCUCUGAUAGUGACGGGUGGAAGCUGCCUCAUCUCCGGGCUCCAGCCUGGUAACUCCUACUGGCUCCAGCUGCGUAGCCAACCUGAUGGGGUUUCCCUCCUUGGCUCCUGGGGAUCCUGGUCCCUCCCUGUGACUGUGGACUUGCCUGGAGAUGCAGUGGAAAUCGGACUACAAUGCUUUACCUUGGACUUGAAGAAUGUUACCUGUCAGUGGCAACAACAAGACAAUGCUAGCUCCCAAGGCUUCUUCUACCACAGCAGAGCACGGUGCUGCCCCAGAGACAGGGAGCCCAUCUGGGAGAAGUGUGAAGAGGAGGAGAAAGAUCGAGGAUUAAAGCCCUCCCAGUUCGCCAGCUGCCACUUCAAGUCACGAAAUGACAGUGUUAUCCACACCCUUGUGAAGGUGACCACAGCCCAGGGUGCUGUUCACAGCUACCUGGGCUCCCCUUUCUGGAUCCACCAGGCUGUGCUCAUCCCCACUCCAAACUUUCACUGGAGGGAGGUCUCCAGCGGGCAGCUGGAACUGGAGUGGCAGCACCCGUCAUCCUGGGGAGCCCAAGAGACUUGCUAUCAGCUCCGAUACACAGGAGAAAGCCAUCAGGACUGGAAGGUGCUGGAGCCGCCUCUCGGGGCCCAGGGAGGGACCUUGGAGCUGCGCCCGCGCUCUCGCUACCGUUUACAGCUGCGCGCCAGGCUCCACGGCCCCACCUUCCAAGGUCCAUGGAGCGCCUGGUCCGACCCAGUGAGAGUGGAAACCGCCUCCGAGACCGCCUGGAUCUCCUUGGUGACGGCUCUGCUUCUGGUGCUGGCCCUCAGCGCCCUCCUGGGCCUGCUGCUGCUGAGGUGGCAGUUUCCUGCUCACUACAGGAGCAUGAGGCAUGCCGUGUGGCCCUCACUUCCAGACCUGCACCGGGUCCUAGGCCAGUACCUUAGGGAUAUUGCAGCCCUGAGUCCGCCCAAGGCUCCAGUCUCAGAUGCCUAUGAGGAAGUGGAACCCAGCCUCCUUGAAGUUAUACCUAAGUCCUCAGAGAAGGCUCCCUUGCCACUAUGUUCCUCCCAGACCCAGAUAGACUACCGAGGAUUGCAGCCUUCUUGCCUGGGGACCAUGUCCCUGUCUGUGUGCCCACCCAUGACUGAGUCCGGGUCCUACUGCACCACUCACAUCGCCAACCAUUCCUACUUGCCACUAAGCUGUUGGCAGGUCCCUCGCUCCCAGUACCCUGGACAGAUCCAAACCCUCUAGCCCUCUCUUCCCAACCUCCCUCCCACCCCACCCCACAACACAAACAUCUCAGAGCUCACUUGCAUCCCCCUCUGUCUGCCCUCGUGGUUGUGAUUCACCACACUGAUCUUUCAAUACUGCUGCUGACAUAAAUCCAGGAUCCUCCAGGCAAGGCUCAUUUGACUAAGCUCCUCUAACUUCCACCUUCUUCCUCUCUCCUUUUUAAUGCCAAGCUCCUCAAGAGGUCUGCACUUCCCCACUUCCCAUUUGCAUUUCAGACUACUUCAAUCUGUGCCCCUGCUACCACUUUGCUAAUGAAACUACUCAGGCAAGUUUGCCUCAAACUUUCUAAUUGCAAGAUCCAAUAGGAUCUUGUUAAUCCUCAAUUUUUUUUAUCUCUCUGUGGCAUUUGUCAUGUUGACUACUUAUUUCUCCUUUAAAUUCUCUCCUCUCUUAACUUUCAUAACAUCACCAUCUCUCCUGGCUCUGCUCCUGCAUCUCUGAGCCUAUUUACUAGAAGUUAAGAGCAUAAAUUCUGGAAUCAGAGCUGGGUUCGAAUCCUGUCUUUCCCACUUGCUAGCUGUGCAACCUUGGGCAAAGAACUUAAAGUCUUUGAGUCUUAAUUUUCUCAUCUAUAAAUCAGGGAUAAUAACAGAACCCCAUAGAGUUGUGAAGAGGAGUAAGUGAGAUAAUCUAAAGCACAGUGCCUAGGACAUAGUAAGUGUUUGAUAUAUCUAAACUAUCAUAAUUACUCUUUCCUAAUCUCUUAUCCUGGCAUCUCUUCCACUCCUUAAUUUUUGCAGUCCCCCAUGACUCCAUUCUUAACCCAGUCUCCAAUCUGUCCAUUGUCAUUGCUUUUCCUAUAUGUGACCGCUCUAAAGUUCUCAUCUCCAGCCCAGACUUCUACUAAAUCACUUGUGAUGCUUUAUGCAAGUAACUGUGUAUACAUCUGUCUCCCGCUACUAGGUUGUGAGCUCCUUGAGGGCAAGGGCUAUGACUUAAUGGUCUUUUCCCCCCAGCACCUAGAGUAGUGCUUAAUGCAUGGUAGUAGGCCUCCAAUAAAUGUUUUCUAAAUGAAGGAAAUCUUUCUGUACAAUGCCACCUUAACCCCAUGCCAACCUCCCUCAUCCUUUAAGCCGUUCAUAUGCAGUGGUAAAUGUGCUUAGGUCAUUUUGGUUACGGAUUCCGCUGACCCAUUCAAAUUCUCAAACAAAUGGUAUUUUUUGCUGGCUCCAAACAUACCCACUGUGUCCAUCAGGGUCUUGGCAGAAAUAGAUGGCACACUCAAACUGGGUAUCUUGGGAGAGUUUAAUAAAGGGCAUAUUCAUAAAGAUAGGCAGGAUUUAAGAAAACCAUCAACAGUGCAGUACCCCAGGGCUAACAACAGUUGAGAGCUGGUACCAUCCCAGAGCAUCUAGAGGAUAAGGAGAGAGAGUGAUUACUAGAUAUGGAGAGAAUAGCUGUAAGAGAGGGCUGCCUGGCAGGAGCUGUAGCCUCCAGUAGAGAGAUACAGCCAACUUGUGGGGAUAUGGCAGGGAGGGAGCCGGGGGAAUAAAUA